AUGUCUCAGCCCGGAGCCGAACAGAAAGUGGCAUCUGCUGCUGUGCAACAGAGCGACAAUAUCGCGCAUGCGCUGGCCGGUGCUGGAGGUGGAAUCUUGUCGAUGGUCUUGACAUACCCUCUGAUCACACUAUCGACAAGAGCUCAAGUCGAGUCGAAGCGUGCACACUCGACUAACCUCGAUGCCGUCCGCCGAAUCGUACAGCGCGAGGGUAUCGCUGGACUGUACUCAGGUCUGGAAUCCGCGUUGUUUGGAAUCAGUGUCACCAACUUCGUGUACUACUAUUGGUAUGAGUUCACCCGUGCGGCCUUUGAGAAGGCCGCCACCCAAGGAGGCCGAGCCUCGAAAAAACUCACCACCGUUGAGUCUAUGAUUGCGGGCGCUAUCGCAGGAAGUGCUACGGUGCUGAUCACCAACCCGAUCUGGGUCAUCAACACGCGCAUGACUGCCCGCAAGUCCGAGGAAGAGGAAACCUUGCCCGGUGUCAAGAAGACCAAGGCCUCGACACUGAGCACCCUCAUGGAUCUGCUUCGGCAGGAGGGCCCUAAGGCCUUGUUCGCUGGUGUUCUUCCGGCAUUGAUCCUGGUGAUCAAUCCGAUUCUGCAGUACACUAUUUUCGAGCAACUGAAGAAUGCCGUGGAGCGACGCCGACGUAUGACGCCAAAGGAUGCGUUCUACCUAGGUGCUCUGGGUAAGAUCCUGGCCACCAGUAUUACCUACCCCUAUAUCACCAUCAAGAGCCGGAUGCACGUUGCCAGCAAGGAUGGUCCCAAGGAGAGCUUGAACGGAAGCCUCAAGAGGAUUAUCCAAGAAGAGGGCUGGAAAGGACUCUACAAGGGUAUUGGACCCAAGGUCACUCAGAGUGCUAUCACUGCAGCAUUCCUGUUUGGAUUUAAGGAUGUGCUUUAUGAUAUGAUGGUGGCCGCUCGUCGUAGGGGCCGCAUCGCCAAAUGA